AUGGCAGAAAAAAAGGAAAAGAAAGAAGAGAAGGACAGCGACGUCUUCGUUCUCAAGCUCAACCCUGAAGCGAUCUGUUUCUCGAAUUCAGGACUUGGUGAUGAGAAUACGAUGGCCAGUUUGAAACUGACGAAUCCGACUAAGGAAAAGUACGCUUUCAAGAUCAAAUGCACAUCGAAUGAAAUGUUCAAAAUCAAGUCGCCGGUUGGAAUUAUCAAACCGGAUGAGUCUCUCGACAUUGGAGUGAUCCAUUGCUCAGGAAAAGCGAUUCCGGAGAACAACAAACAGUAUUUUGCUGUCUACUAUAUCAAAGUUCAGGAUUCAGUAAAGGCGACGGAAGUUCGGGACAUCUGGAAGGAGAAAAAGAACAAGCACGACGGAAUGAAACGCGUUUACAUUUCAUUUGAAAAAGGAGCUGGUACAACACUUGAGGAUAAAAAGAAGGAGAAGAAAAAGGAUGGAGAUGGGGAGAAGCCAAAAACGGAAGAAGGUAAAAAGGAAAAGGAAUCAGUGGAAGAAAAGAAGGAUGAAAAAGAGGAAAAGAAGGAUGAGAAGAAGGAAGAUGAGGAGAAGAAGUGA